UUGCAGAUCAUUUGCCAUACGUAUUUGAUCCUAUAUUUGAUUCACGAAGUUCAUCUGAACAAGACAUGGAUUCGGAGGAGAAUGAUUAUGAAAAUGGCUCUGACGGCUGUCCCAUGCCAGAGAAGACAGAACAACAAGAGAAACACCCUUAAGGGUCAGACGAAACAGGCCAGAAGACAGAUAUCAAAACAGUUCAGUCCUGGUCCCCCAAAGGAUUAUGCUUGAAAAACAUAUAUUCAAAGAAAUGGAGAAGUUUAUGAAUUCCGAGGAAUUCUCUGAUAUAAAGGUUAAAGUUGGGGUGGAAGUGUUCAAGUGCCAUAAAAUAGUUCUAGCCUCUUGGAGUGCAUAUUUCCAUGGUCUAUUUAUGUCAGGAAUGACAGAGGUAACACAGGGGGUUGUGGAGUUGAAAGCAAUUGAGGCAGACGAGUUCCGGGACAUAUUGACAGUCAUGUAUACAGGCCAAUGUGAGAUUAAUAAAUCAAACGUUCAGGGACUACUUUAUGCAGCUUCUUACCUUCAAAUUAUGUCUGUCGAAGAGGCAUGCGUGGAAUUUGUUAUGAACACAUUGCACAAAUCUGACAAAGAAAGAAACCUGCACUAUCUGAAGGUUAGUCGUCAGUUGAAUUUGACAAAACUGACAGAUCAUAUACUAGGUUUUAUUGCCAGUGAAUAUCAAAUCUAUGAAGAUUAUGAGGAAUUUUUAGGUUCUUUGUGUUUUGAUGAUAUGAAACAAUUGCUCAGAUCAGAAAGCUUAAGUUGUUCAUCAGAAGAUGAAAUUUGCACUGCUGUGCUGUCGUGGAUUGAUUUUGAUUUGGAUGGUCACCGGCAGUAUGCAAAAGAGCUUGUCAAAGAGAUACGGUACCUGGCUCUGUCAAAUGACUUUAUGAGUAAGACUUUCUUAGAACAUGAAGCUAUUAAAGAAAAUGCAGACUUGGAAGACUUGAAGCAGUUGUGCUUAGAAUAUUUGUCUAAGCCUAGGUUGCAGUUUGAAUACAUUGGGGACCCGGUAGCGGCACACAGGCGUGGGCACAAGCUUUUGGACGUUAUUGCAGUUUGUAAUCCAACAAGUAUAGAUUUUUUGCAGUAUGAGGAGGGUGAAGAUGGCACUUUCACCUACUCACAUCCUGCUGUAUUAGAUAAUCAUAAGGAAGAAUUUGGAAAAUUUGAAGACGUCAAACCAACAAGCAUAUCAGCUUGUAAUUGUGGAAGGUCUGAAAUUCUGGUAUCUACUGGAAAGAAAAUAUACCAUUUUAAUGGUCUGACCGGUGCCUGGACUUCUGGACUAGAACAUUUAGUCUCAUCCCAAACUAACUGUUUACUCUAUGACCAGAGAACAGAUUAUAUAUACAGUGUUGUUGUUACACAUGAUAUGUUGUUUAUAGAGAAAUGUAAACUUGACAGUGAAAAUAGACCUGGAAAGUGGAAAAUGGAAGUACAGAAAGAAAUUAAACAGAAGGCCAGUUUUGUUGUUCAUACUAGAACAUGUGCUUAUAUGAUGAACGAUAAUAUUUUCUUCGUAAAAGAUGGUGUUGCACCAGAACAUAAGCAUGCUUCUGUAUUUGAGUAUAAUACAGUAACAAAGUCUAUCAGAGUAGUUAGUGUUUUACCGGCAGAGUUUACGGGUUCGAUUGCCGUGCCUCACAGAAGCCUUGUUUUCUUAGUGGAUAUCUUUGGGAACGCAAUAUUGAGAGUAUCUGAUGAUGGCCACUGUAUUGAGAAGUAUGGUAAAAUUGGUCAUGAUAUACCGAACAUGCCGGAAGAUUUGAUGCAAAAUUUUGGUGCUUGUAUAUGUAAGGGAAAACUUAUCAAGAUAGGCGGCAGAAACUACCGCUAUCCACGGACAGGUUCUUAUUCUGUUGUUGACUAUGAUUUAUGUUUACAUGUGACAAACAUUCAACACAUACAUAAUCUCUUCAAUUUUGAAAAUAAGGACACAGUGUGUUUAAAACUGACUAUUUUGCCACAUUCUCUGAAGUGAAAAAAAACUAGAGUAGUCAUCAGAAUAAACUGUGCCUGUAUUUGAUACAAUGGUAACCCAAAAACAUUUUUCAUCCAUAUGGAUAUGUUGUGUAACACAAUAGGUGCAUGUAAGAGUCAACUAUUCAUUCCAUUUACUCUCAUCAAGUUAAAUAGAGGGACCAAAAUGCAGCCUUGUUGAAAUGAGCGCUUCUUUGUUUGUGCAUUUUAACUGUAGAUGCAGUUACGCUUAAUAGAAUCUACAGUUACUUACAGAAUCAA